GUUUAAAAUAACCGUUAUAGGCAAGUCCAGUUGUCUAAGCCGUGGUGUGUUCGACUGUUCAUACGGGUUGGCAGAGUGGCGAGGAUACGUGCUGAGGAUUUUUUUUGUGUCGUGAACAAGCACUUCCAUCUACGUCGAAAUGGCCGAUCAGCUUACAGAAGAGCAGAUUGCUGAAUUCAAGGAGGCAUUUUCGCUUUUUGACAAGGACGGAGAUGGCACCAUCACCACCAAGGAGCUGGGCACAGUCAUGCGCUCUCUCGGUCAGAACCCCACAGAGGCAGAGUUGCAGGACAUGAUCAAUGAAGUAGACGCUGAUGGGAACGGUACGAUAGAUUUCCCAGAAUUCUUGACCAUGAUGGCAAGGAAAAUGAAGGAUACAGACAGUGAGGAGGAGAUCAGAGAAGCUUUCCGUGUUUUUGACAAAGAUGGCAAUGGAUACAUCAGUGCUGCUGAGCUGCGUCAUGUGAUGACAAACCUCGGAGAGAAGCUGACUGAUGAAGAAGUAGAUGAGAUGAUCAGAGAAGCAGACAUUGAUGGAGACGGACAGGUCAACUAUGAAGAGUUUGUACAAAUGAUGACGGCGAAGUGAAGGCCUUGUACAGAUUUCAUAUAUAAAUAAUUUGCCUUUUUUCUUUUGUGUAAUUUAUCUGUAAAAUCUUAUUAACCCCCUUGGUCCCUGCCCCUACUGCUGUCCAAAGGAACUGCAUGUAAACUGCAUAGGCUCUUGUCCCCAUGUCCCUUUCUUUUGCUGUCAUGGUGUUUGAGUGACGAGCGGUCAUACAACCAGAUGCCCGUGGAGGCCCCUGGGAGCCGAAGUACUGAAUCUUCCUGUGUUGUGCUCGGGGGCCCUCCAUGGUGAGGCGACAUUGGAAACCUGUCAGCUGGUUGUCACUUGGCAACGCUGUUGGCAUGGAAACAAUGUAGAGGAGUUGAAACUCUGCAUGGACUAUGGACAAAAGUAUAUAUGGAAAAUCUCAGCAUUGCACUACUGCAAAAAAUGACACGGGUGUAUCUCCUAGGUACUCGUACAAACUCUUUUUGUAUCUGCUGUUCUAUAUAACAGAAAAUGAUUAAUCUUACCAUGCUUUUUAAUGUUUUACUCACUCAUGUUCUUUUUCUUUUUUCUUUUUUUUUAAAUGGCCUUUGGCCAUGCCUCAAAUAAUCCAUUCCAAGUUGUAUAUUUUGUUUUCCAAUAAAAUUUACAAUCUACACAGAUUUGAAAAUUUGUCUUGUUUUCUCAGUCCUAAUUGAUGUAUGAGUUUGUGUACCCUGUAAUUGCUAUUUUUGUAUUGAGGGCAUGGUGGGUUUUUUUUUUUUUUUUUUUUAAUAGAAGUAUUUUCCCCUUUGCUUAAAGGCAUACAAAGUCCCCUUAUUUCCUAAAAGCACUGAUGAGCAUCAGCCAAUGCCUCUUAAUGUUAAGAUGAGCUCAGAUGACAUUUUGUUUUCUGUCAUUAAAAUAAAAGCACUGGAAUGAAACGGUUUGAAACGUGUACUUCUACUUUUACUAUAGUAAAGGUGCCGUCAUUACUACACAGCUUGUGUGUUGGCAUCGCACAUGUCAAACCCUCAUGUCUUUGGUAUAUCUGAACCCAGGCACUCUGCGAGUGGUGGAGCAGAAACUGGUGUAAAUAGAGGUGUACCUGUUUUAUAAUUUCUAGUUGAGUUUGUUACAGUAGCUUUCAGCGAUACAUUUGUUUGACAAAAUAAAGCACUAUUGUGGACCGCU